AUGGCAUCCGGCCUUCCCCUCAGGCCCCAACCCCCAGCUUCUAGUCAGCAACUGAUCAGGAGUGAUCGCGGCAGCAUGUUGACAAUGUCUGAUGACAAUGUGAUGAUGAAACAAAUUGUAGCAAUUCAUGCUCCUGAUGGCCGAGAGGUUGAUGUUAAACCUCUUCUCCACCUUGUUGAAGACAUCCUCAAACAUGCCACCCUGCAAGUGCAACCUGAUACCUCUCUGACGACUUCCCAAGUCAAUGCUGAAAUGGAGGACAAGACCCACCAAAUCAAUUUCGUUGCCAUGCUGGAUGCACUGUCGUAUACUAUAGACAGAAUUUCCUGCGAGAUUGCCUAUAAGGCACUCGGUGGGACAGAUGCCCACGCAACAACUGUCGAGCUUUUCCGUAUGCUAGCGAGCUAUUCCUGGGAUGCCAAGCUGGUGCUCACCUUGGCAGCUUUCGCUUUGAAUUACGGAGAGUUCUGGCUGCUUGCCCAGAUUUACUCAUCAAACCAACUUGCCAAAUCCAUGGCAAUCCUCAAGCAAUUGCCUAGCAUCCUGGAGCAUUCAGGGCCCCUGAAGCCUCGCUUUGAUGCCCUUAACAAUCUGAUCAAGGUCAUGAUGGACGUGACUAAGUGCGUGGUUGAGUUCAAGGAUCUACCACCUUCUUACAUUUCUAGUGAGGUACCAGCAUUGUCCACAGCCGUGGCUCUUAUCCCUACUGCUGUCUACUGGACCAUAAGGAGUGUCGUGGCUUGUGCGGCUCAGAUUACGAGCCUCACUACCAUGGGACAUGAGUAUACAAUAUCAACCACUGAGGCAUGGGAGCUAUCCACCUUGGCUCACAAACUCACCAACAUACUUGAGCAUCUCAGGAAGCAAUUGGCUACUUGCUAUCAACACAUAGAUGAAAAGAGGAAUGUCGAAGCCUUUCAAAUGCUUGUGAAUCUCUUUGAAAUGAUCCACAUUGACAACAUGAAGAUCCUCAAGGCCCUGAUUUAUGCCAAAGAUGACAUCCAGCCACUUCUAGAUGGCACUGCCAAGAGAAGGGUCCAUCUUGAAGUGCUGAGAAGGAAGAAUGUGUUAUUGCUCAUUUCGGGCCUAGACAUUUCGAGCGACGAGCUUUCAAUACUUGAACAGAUAUACAAUGAAUCCAGGCACCACGGAACUAGGAUGGAUAGUCAGUAUGAGAUGGUCUGGAUCCCAAUUGUGGACCGCUCAAUCCAGUGGACUGAACCAAUGAAAGAGAAAUUUGAGAGCCUGCAGACUUCAAUGCCAUGGUUCACAGUGUACCACCCUUCAUUGAUCGAGAAGGCAGUCAUUAGGUUCAUUAAGGAGGUGUGGCACUUCAGGAACAAGCCUAUUCUUGUGGUGCUUGACCCUCAAGGCAGGGUGGUUUCCCCUAAUGCUCUCCACAUGAUGUGGAUUUGGGGAAGCAAUGCCUUUCCUUUCACUAGCUUGAGAGAGGAAUCUCUAUGGAGGGAAGAGACAUGGAGGCUUGAGCUUCUGAUUGAUGGCAUUGACCCAGUGAUUCUUAAUUGGAUUAAGGAAGGAAAGUACAUUUUCAUGUACGGAGGGGACGAUGUUGAAUGGGUCAGGAAGUUCACAAACACAGCACGUGCUGUUGCGUUGGCAGCCCGUAUUCCCCUAGAGAUGGUUUAUGUGGGGAAGAGCAGCAAAAGGGAGCAAGUCCGGCGAGUCAUAGCGACAAUCACGGUAGAGAAGCUCAGUUACACCUGGCAAGACCUUACCAUGAUAUGGUUCUUUUGGACCAGGCUAGAGAGCAUGCUGUUCUCCAAGAUUCAGCUUGGCAAGAUUGACGAACAUGAUCCUAUGAUGCAAGAAAUCAAGAAGCUGCUUAGCUACGACAGAGAGGGUGGAUGGGCUGUGCUUAGCAAGGGGACUGAGGUUGUGGUCAAUGGUCACGGUACCACAGUUUUGCCAACACUGCUUGAGUAUGACUUAUGGAAGGAGAAUGUCCCUGUCAAGGGCUUUGAUUUGGCCUUCCAAGAGCACCAUGGCAAGCUCCAUGGCAUUGCUCACCCUUGCUGCCGCUUCGAUUUCCCAAUGACUGCUGGUAGGAUCCCUGAGACCAUGAAAUGCCCUGAGUGUCACCGCACCAUGGAGAGGUUCUCCACUUUCCUUUGCUGCCAUGAUGAGGACAUUCCAGACGUGCUCUUCCAUUAA